UUUUAGCAGAUUAUAAUAAAUAAAUUCAUACGUAGUUAGUAUAGAGAAUUUAAAAAAAUAAUAUACAGGUAAAUGAAUAUUUCUGAGGCUAGAACAGUUGGUUUAUCACCUCCUUAAAAAUUCUCGAAAUUAAACCAAUCCUAAUAAUUAAUUCCAGAAGAAUGUCUUCCUCCAACAUUUUAAAGUCUCAAUCCUUCUCCAAGAAGAGAUGUUUAUAAAAAAGGAAUCAAGAAAACUUAUAAAAUGAAAGUAACUGAUAUUACUAACUCACAUCUUAGGAUAAUGAGAGAAAGAAGAUAGUAUGGUGUAAUAUAUAUGUAAAUGAAAUGGAUCCAAUCUAAUUGGCUAGGUCAAAAAAAGGAAGUAUGAAAAUUAAAAUACUUAUUUUAGAGUAAUGUCGUAUUUGCUCAAUGGAAGAAGAAACAUCAAGAUUCAUAUAUCCAUGUAUAUGUAGUGGUACAGCAAAAUAUGUACAUGAAGAAUGCUUUAAAAAUUGGAUUCUUUUAAAGAAUGGUGUUGAAAAGGUCUAUAAAAAUGAUGUAAAACAAUCUAUUAUUAUAAUACAUCAGAUUAAAUGUGAGGUUUGCUAACAUAAGAUAUCAAUGAAAGUUCAUUUCUAAGAAGAAGUACAUUCAGCCAUAAUUUAAGAAGUGCCUAAACAUUAAAAAGCAUGUUGGCUUAUAUUAAUCUUUAUAAUUUUAUUAUAAAUAGCAGGAGCUAUCAUAUUGGGAGUCUUAGUUGGCUUUUCAAAUGUUGGAUUAGCUGCAGCUAUUACUUUAUUGGGAGUAAUUUCAAUUGUGUUGAUAAUUUAUCUUAUUGCUAAAGUUAUGCACAGUUUAACUAUUGAAACUAUUGAUUAAUGGGUAUUUCAGAAUUACCAAAAAGAAUUUAAUGCUGACAAAAUUGGAAGUGUUAUAAAUAUACCAUAAUAACCUGUAUAAAAUACAAGUCCAAGGAGUCCUAGAUAAAGAAGAAAAUCCUGUGUUCCUUAAUUCUCUGGACUUUAAAUGAUUUAAUUAGACUAAUACCCUUAGGAUGCUUGAA